UGCAUGUACUCGCGUACACAAACGCAGCCGGUGUAAUAGUUGUAUUGUAUUGCAAAAUUUUAUCGUGUUUGAACUUGUUCGAUCGAGGUGUUUGACAAUUUGUUUCAACAUUUUUAUUGUCUUUCAAAAAUUAAUAAACAAAAAUUUGUGAGAUUGGGAGAAGUGUAUAUUUAAUAUGUAGUCUAUACAUUUACAUUACACACUGCAAGUCGAGUAACAUAAGAACCAGCCUAGUUAUAAAUAUUAAAAGCAAGAAAAUUGUGGAGGCCGUGAACUUGAAUACCGUUUCUAACCAACACAAAACAAAAUAUUCAAAAAUGUUUACUCUAUUUAAACAAACAAAUUAAAAAUUAAACAAGUUUGAAAAACAAAACAAAUUAAUUUCAAUUAAUUCUGCGAUAAAGAAUUCUAAUCAACGUUCCUAAAGUAUUGUAAAAAAUAAAUGGAAAAAAAUACAGCAGCGGUGACAAAUAAAAAAACAAUGCAGCCUGUUGGAGGGAGAAAAAAAUCUGGUCCAAAAUUUGAGCUAACUGAAGAACAAAAAAAUGAUAUAAAAGAAGCAUUUGAUUUAUUUGAUACUGAAGGUACAGGACAUAUUGAAAGCAAAGAGCUUAAAGUAGCAAUUAGAGCUUUGGGGUUUGAACCGAAGAAGGAAGAAAUUAAAAGAAUGAUAGCUGAAAUCGAUAAGGAUAAUACUGGUAAAAUAUCAUUUACUGACUUUUUGCAGUUAAUGACAAUGAAAAUGGCUGAAAAGGAUAGCAAAGAAGAAAUUUUAAAAGCAUUUAGAUUAUUUGAUGAUGACGAAACCGGAAAAAUUUCAUUUAAAAAUUUGAAAAGAGUUGCAAGAGAGCUGGGUGAAAAUUUAACGGAUGAAGAAUUGAGAGAAAUGAUAGAUGAAGCUGAUUUAGAUGGUGAUGGUGAGGUUAAUCAAGAAGAGUUUCUUAGAAUCAUGAAAAAAACCAGCCUUUAUUAAAAUUAAAAACUUUUUGAAUAAAUAUAUGCUUUUUGUUUUUUAUAAAACAAUUUAUCAGCUUCAAAUUAGAUGUAAAUAUUUGUAUCUUUGCAUCUUAAAAAUAUUUAACAUAAAAUAUAGUUGUAAAUUUAAUUUUAUUAAAAUAUCAUAUUUACGUAAGUACUUCAUUUAUAUAUAAUUAUAAUUUUUAUUGUAACAGCUAUAAUAAUAAUUUGAUAUUUGUCUAUUAAAAGUAUACUUAAUUAAAUUUUCAAAGACUAAUAAUCCCUUAAUAUGUGUGUUUAACUAGGGAACUUAUUUAAGAAGUACAAUUUACCAAGGGAAGAAAAAAACCAAUUAUUUUAUUAUACGAUUUAAAUUAUAAAAAUAUAUAUUUUAAAAUUUAUAUUUAAUUUAUACUUUUAACUUUUAAGCAUAUCUAUAAAUCAAGGAAAUCAUUUCGAGUCAUUUUUUAUAUUAGAUAAUAAUAUUAACAAGCUUAUUAAAUAUGCAAAAUAUAAAUCGGAAGCACUAUGAAAUUAAAAAAUAAUGUAGAUGUUUGUAUCUAUAUAAAAUAUGGAGUUAAAAAUAAGUUAUAAUUAAAUAUAUUUCUGUAUGCACCAUGGUAUUUUUUGUUUUAAUUUAAUAGGGAACUUUACAAAAACAUUUCUUAGCAUAAGCAAUUCCCAGGUGAGCGAUUUAGUAAUAAAAUUGCAAGAGAUGUCAAAAUUGUUAAUGACGAAAUAUAAUAAAAAAAUUAUUGCAUAACAGCCAAAUGUUAAAGAUUAAAAAAAAUAUACUAA